GAAUAAAUAUCUAAACCAUGUAACUUUGGGCCGUAUAAUGGGAACAGUUUUCGCCAAAUGCUGUAGAAAAGAGCAUGAAAAUAACAAUGAUGCGCUAAACAUUCUCGUGCUGGGAAUUGAGAAUUCGGGCAAGACUGAGAUAUCGUUCAAAAUUUGUCAUCAAAAGCGGGGUGAUUAUGCUUCGACCAAAGGAUGCCGAUUGUUCGAAACUGUGAUCGCGGAUACUGAGAUAAAACUUAUCGAAAUCGGCGGUGGAUCCGACCUUCGAGACAUCUGGAAGUACUAUUUCUUAGAUGCUCUGGCUGUUAUUUUUGUAAUCGAUGCUUCCAACAUACACAACAUCUGUGAGUCUUACAAAAUAUUCCAAAACCUCAUGGCGCACGAGUUCCUGGCCGGCAAACCAUUCCUCAUACUCGCCAACAAGCAGGACCUGCCGGAAUCGGUCGAUUGUAUCGAAAUCUGCGAGUAUCUGGACGUCGAGUAUCUAGCGAACCGGUACCGUUGUCCGUGUCUCGUAGAGGCAUGCGGCAAUUGGGGCACCACCGCCUACGAACCGAACGAAUACGAUGGCUUGACCUACGGCAUCCAGUGGCUGGUAGGAACGGUGCUUGCCCAUCGGCAGUUCAUUAUGAACCGUAUCAACUUCCACAAACUGAUGCUGGGACGCGAUGGCGCGGAUGCAUCGAGAACUAUUAAAAGGCCGCGCACUGGCAUCAAAUCCGGGGGCAGCAGAAGACGCAAACGCAAAGACAGCCGUCCGAAAACGGCACCUUCAAGCCAGCAGGCCUGGCUGAAAGAAAACGACAACAAUUAUCUGAUUAAACGAAACAGCAUUAUCUCCGUAAAGAGUAUACCCACCAGCACUACCACGGAACGGACGAACAACUCGAGCACCAAGGCAACUACUACCUCCGGCAGCGGACUUUCGGUCGUAGAUGAAGCUGUGGAAGUCAGCCAGACCAGCAGCAGCACGGAACAUGCCACAGUCAUACAUGUAAGCAAAGAUGAUAUGACUUUAGAAGAUUUGUCCCUUUCUUUCUCCGUCAAUGAGACGAAUGGAAAAGCGGUGGAACUUAUUUGAGAUGAGCGUUCUGUGCCAAAAGCGCUAUACAUCGGCAAGGCAUUAUGAUUCACUUCCUGUUCUGUCGGGUGUUUUUUGUAAUUUUUUUUUAAUUUUUAAUAACAUUCUCAUCCCACCAGCACUA